UACGUUGGAUUUCGAUGGUUUUUCUUUACCAAUUUCUAAGUCAAAAAAUUUUCUCCAAUCGUCCGGUGCUAGCCGUAAUAACUGCUAUUCGUUAGAAUUGAAACUUGUGAAUUGUUAAAAGCCUUCCUUGGUUGGUGCUCGGAGGAAAGAUUGCAAUUUGUUUGGUCACUAUAGCAGCAGCAAAUAAAGGAUGUCUUUCAAGAGAGAUGGAGAUGACAAAAGUGCCUUGGACAAUCAAAGGAAGAGAAGGGUAGCAGAUUUGUUGUAUGAGGACAUAGAUGAGGAAGAAGUGACAAGACUGAGUAAUGGAAAGUUUAAGUGCAAGUUGUGUUCACAUCAGCCUAUAUUUGACACACUCAAUAUGUUCUAUGUUCAUAAACAAGGAAAAAAGCACCAAUACAGUAUGGAAUAUGCCACUCAGCAGAAACAAGAGCUGGAAGAUUUGAUUAAAAAGAGAAAACAUGAACAGCUGGCAAGAUCUGGACAUACAGUUACAAAUCAGAGUCAAGAAGAGACUGGUACUACAGAGGACAUCAAAAACACUGUCUUGGGCAUGAAGAAGCCAAGGAGACCUUAUGACAGAAAACCAGUGAUAGAUUUUGAUAUAUUUCCUUGCAACAAAGCAGCAUCUCCAGUUACUAUAGAAACAACAACUAGCAACCAGUUGCCUGGCAACAGAUUCAGCAGUUUUUGCACAACAAAAAAUCCAGAAUCUUUCUCUGGCCAUGUUAGAAUGGGUGGAAACUCAGAUAGAGACAAGUUUGCUGGUGGAAAACUUAACACAAGGUCAUUUGUUACAGUAGAAAGUAAACAUGAUUUUAAAAUGCAGUACAUAAAUAGGUCAGCAUCCAGAAAUUGUAGUGAAAAUUCUGUUGUUAAUGCUAGAAAUGUUCAUAAACUUGUUGGACAGUCAAAUGCUGAACAUAACAAUAAGUAUUAUCUGUCAAGAAAGAAAGAAAGAGAAGAGACAAGCAGUGUUUUAAGAAACACGGAUGGAGGAAUAUCUGACAAAACUAUAAACCAGCCAACAGUAUUGCCCACACAGACAUGGGAAUUUUAUAAAGACUUUAAAGGCAAAUUGCCAUUUAGGAUGAAGUCUGUAGAGAAACCUUUACACAAAUGCUCGACAGACACUAAAGAGGAAGAGAAAGUACAAGGACAUGACAGUAUAAGAAUAGAAUCUGUAAAAUUAGAGAAUACUGCUGGUGGAUCCUGCACAGAAAAGAGGGAGAAAGCUGAGAAAUACUUGAAAGCUUUAGGGUCAGGUUGGAAGAAGGAUUGGACAGGAUCCUGGAUUAAAGAUGACGAUGCCGAGUUUGAUUCAGAUGAAGAACCUCCAGAUAUACCAUGACACACAAUUUGUGGGCUCGCCAGAUAUACCAUGAAACACAAUUUGUGGGCUCGCAUUAUAGACUUAUUAAAUAGCUUGCUGGCCAAAACUCAUAACUAUUUCCCCAAAUACAAAAGGAAUGAAGGCAAAUAGUUUUGACUUUUGACAACAAACCAGCCAUUAAGUGUUUUAUUAGAUAACAAGCAGAAAUAAUUUUUCGUACCCAUUUUCUUCAAGUUUUGACUUGACUAUACUCUGGUCAGAACCACAAACUAAGGACUGCAUGGAUUUAUUUAAGAAGUCUUGUAAUAAUGUGAUAUAUUGUGAAUCGCUGGUAUUCUGUAUCACAAGUCCUAAACUGGGUAGUUGUUACUUGUUUAACAUUGAUACCUGCUGCCCCAGAAAAUUGACCAAUAAUUUGUUGUUUGAUAAUUAAAAAUGUGUUACAGGAAUCUUGUUGUAGGAAAGUUUUUUAGCAUCUAGCCACAGUAUUUGUUAUAUGAUGUACUGUAUUAGCAUUAGAUAUUUUACAUUUUAAGCCCACCUGAGUACAGAACACUUGGGAUAAGCUAUUGUAAUCACUCGCUAUCCAUACAUUCAUCCAUCUGUCUAAACUUUUCUUCUGAUGACAUAUCCUCUGUAACUAGUGGUCAGAAUUGCACCAAACUUGGUCAGUACCAUCCUAGCAUGGUCCUCUGUCAGGUUUAUUUAAAUGUUCCAACAUGGCUGCUGAACUGAUACUCAUAGAAAAUAAAACCAUGUUCCAAUCUGGAUGACACAAAUGACGGUGCGUAUGUGCCCAACAUAUAUGUAUCUGGCGGCAGUGAAGUGUCAUGAUACAGACAGUUUGCACGUGGUCUGUCUGACAUAGGAAAAUCAUGCACUUCAUCCGUCAGCCUGAAACAAUUAGAACCAAACGUUGAUGACAAGAAAGGCCCUCUUACAACAUUCCAGUUGCUAUACUUCGCUUAGCUUCCGACAUUCUGGGUAUUGUGAAAUCUUUAUAUUUCAGUUAUGAAUUGAUACAUGUAACAAUAUAUAUGCUCAUACAUGCUUUAAAAAUUAAUUUGAUCUGGUUUAGUGCCCACGAGGUCCCAAUGCCAAACAAGAAAAUUUGUAACUGGCCAGAGUUUUGAAACAACUUGAUACAGGGUUCAGACAAGUGCAGGGUAAAUAUCCAAUAGGGAAAGCCACGUUCCAAAAACGCAGUCUCCCAAAACAUAAACCCAGCGUGCGUCCAUGCACACGACCAACACUCACACACUCACACAGAGCAAACACACUAGGGCAAAACGAACAAAUAAAGGAACACAGUGGGGUACCGUCUUUGAACGGUCAGUGGCAAAACCACCACUCUGGAGUUAAAACCAGUUUAUGGUGCACAUAACCUCACUUUUACCCCCCACCAUGUUUCAAAGUCACAGGACAGUGAAAAUAAAAGUUAUCCCCGCCAGGUGAAACCCUUACAUAUACGCAUUUGCAACAGAAGGCAUGUUAUGUAAAACACAAAAGUGCUCUUGUAUGUUUAUAUAAAAAGCAAUUCUUAAGAACGUAAAACGCAUGUACUCAUUGUCUUUGCAGAAGGAGCAACAAAGGAAACACCCUUAAGGGUCUUACGAAACAGGCCAGAAGACAGAAAUCAAAAUAGCUCAGUCCAAGUAGGAUGUAAGAAACACCUAUGAUAGAGACCUCCGCCUUUUCCAUCAAACACUAUCAAAAAGGACCAACUGUUAAAGGGCUGAACACCAAAAAUGCAGUGUGUCUCAAAAACAGCUGGGUCAUAACCUCUUUUAAUAAAAGUUCAAUAAUUUUACUAAAUACAAUUAGAAAAUUGCCAUGACCCAAAAUCUUCUAAGUUUGAAAACCCCUUGUUAUACGCCAGAAGGGACGUAUUAUGUUAUGACGCCAGUGUCCGUCCGUCUGUUAGCAAUUUUGUGUCUGCUCUGUAACUCUUGAACCCCUUGAAGAAUUUCGAAGAAACUUGACACAAAUGUUCACCACAUCAAGACGAUGUGCAGAGCGCAUGUUCUGGAUGGUUCGUUCAAAGUCAAGGUCACACUUAGGUGUCAAAGGUCAUAUGACUUUGUUUCAUGUACGCUAGACUGUAACUCUUGAACUGCUUGAAGGAUUUUAAAGAAACUUGGCACAAAUGUUCACCACAUCAAGACGCAUGUUUCGGAUGGCUCACUUCAAAGUCAAGGUCACACGUAGGGGUCAAAGGUAAUACCUGAACCCCUUGAAGGGUUUCGAAGAAACUUGACACAAAUGUUCACCACAUCGAGACAACAUGCAGAGCGCAGUUUCUGGAUGGCUCGCUUCAAGGUCAAGGUCACACUUAGGGGUCAAAUGUCAUUUGACUAUGUUUCGUGUCCGCUCUGUAGCUCUUCAACUGCUUUAAGGAUUUUAAAGAAACUUGGCACAAAUGUUCACCACAUCAAGGCGACGUGCAGAGCGCAUGUUCUGAAUGGCUUGCUUCUAGGUCUAGGUCACACUUAGGGGUCAAAGGUCAUACCUUCGGGCGUAAAUGGCUUUGCAUUGCAGUGCUCUUGUUUUAUAUGCGAUAACAGCAGAUGAUAGUUUUUUAGCUCACCUGUCACGUAGUGACAAGGUGAGCUUUUGUGAACACGAUAGAGACCACAUUUUGUAACCGAUUUUAAUCAAACUUGCACACAACUUGUAUCGGCAUAAUAUCUCGGUUCCUUUUGAAAACUGGCCAGAUCUCAUCAUUGGUUCCAGAGUUAUGGCCCCUUAAAGGGCCAAAAUUUGCUAUUUUGGCUUGUGAACACGAUAGAGACCACAUUUUGCAAUAGAUUUUAAUCAAACUUGCACACAACUUAUAUUGGCAUAAUAUCUCUGUUCCUGUCGAAAACUAGCCAGAUCCCAUUAUGGGUUCCAGAGUUAUGGCCCCUUAAAGGGCCAAAAUUUGCUAUUUUGGCUUUUGCAGCCAUAUAGAGACUUCAUUUAUGGUUUGAUUUGAUACAAACUUGCAAAAUAUCUUUAACAACAAUAGAUCUUGGAUCCCAUGAUGAAUCCGUCAGAUCCAGUCAUAAGUUCCGGAGUUACAUCCCCUGAUUGACCCCUGAAAGAGCCGAAAUUUGUUAAUUUUUACCCUGUGAACACGAUAGAAAUGACAAUUUACAUUCCAUUUUAACCACACUUACACACAACUUAAGUCACAAUAUAUCUCGGUUUCUUUUGAAAACCGGCUAGAUUCCAUCAUGGGUUUUAGAGCUACUGCCCCUGAAAGGGGCAAAAUUUUCUGUUCUGGCCCUUUCAGCCAUAUAGAGGUUUCAUUUAUGCUUUGAUUUGAUACAAACUUUCACAGAAUGUUUAUCUUCGAAACUGGGUCAUGUGGGGUCAAAAACUAGGUCACCAGAUCAAAUCAAAGGGAAAGCUUGUUAACACCCUAGAGGCCACAUUUAUGACCCUAUCUUCAUGAAACUUGGUCAGAAUGUUUAUCUUGAUGAUUCCUAGGCCAAGUUCGAAACUGGGUCAUGUGGGGUCAAAAACUAGGUCACCCGCUCAAAUCAAAGGAAAAGCUUGUUAACACUGUAGAGGCCGUAUUUAUGACCCUAUCUUCAUGAAACUUGGUCAGAAUGUUUAUCUUGAUGAUUCCAAGGCCAAGUUUAACAGGUGAGCGAUAUAGGGUCAUCAUGACCCUCUUGUUAAAUUUUUGUAAAAGUUUUUACAUUUCAGCAUUUAUAUUUUCAAGGUUUAUUAAAUUAAAUGUACUUGCUGGUACAGGCUCUAUGGGUAGGGUAGUGUGUAGUAUUUCUAUUUUUUAAAUAAUAAGUGAUGGCACCAUUAACUAGGGGGUUUGAUUCAAACCUCUAUAUGCAGCCUGUCUGGGCGUACCAUGUAAGGCUAGGCUUUAAGCACUGGUAUUCGGCAAUAGGGCCUCAGGGGGCAGGGUGCUGUCAUAACUGUUUGUUUAAAUAAAGUUAUUAUUAUUAUGUACAACGCCAUUGAAUAUGUCAUUGUAUAGAAAUAGGCGUUUAAUCAAAUUAUUAGCCUCAUGUGGUUCUGGGACGAUCUGUGUAUGAAAAGAAUUGGAACCACUGUGUUACCCUUGCAUGAUCGUAAGAGGCGACUAAUAGGGUCUUAACACUUGGUUUUGCUGUAACUCUGUGAUUCCAGCAGGUAUAAAAAAUUUGAUUCCAUACCUCAUGUUUUUAUUUCAAUGUAAAUGAGAUGUGAAACCAAAAUUUGUAGUCCUGUUUGGUGCCAUGUAACCUAUACUAUGUUGGUGCACCGUAAAACCUAAAUCAAAUCAGAUAAUCAAAUUAUUCAGUUUCAGGUUAAAAAUCUGGUGUUAAUAUAUCUUAUUACAGAAGUGUCAUUAAGUUACUGUCAUAUUUUAAAACCAAAGUACUAUUUAGCAAAGUAUUCACGUAAUUCAUGAAAACUGUAGCCUUGUUGAAGAAGCUUAUUUGUAAUACAUUGUUUAUUUUCAUUGAAAUCCUCAAUAUGACUACACUCUUGCAAACGGAACUAAUUGAGAAAUAUAUGUCCCAUAAGAUGUUACCUCGGGUACAUCCCCAUCCAAAUGGAGGAAAUUUACAAUACUUAAAUUAAAAUCCCUCUUGUCAUAAAUUUUGGUAUGUAUAAAAUCGUCAUAAAUAGAGAGAUGUAAAUUUAGAAACAAAACAGUAGUAUCCAAAUUGUUAGUGUUAUUUAACUGGAGCUCCUGAGGAUAAAUAGAAUCCAACAAUUGAGCAAAAAAUGGAUUAUCCAUAUUAAGAAUAUCAUCCAGAUUGCUUGAUUUAUUAUUAAAUGCAGUAAUAAUGUCUGCCUGCUCAUCUGGACAAAGGUUCAUCGUAAAAUCUCUUUCAUAAUAUAAAAACAAAUCUGCGACAAGGGGUGCACAAUUUCUUCCCGUUGGAAUACCAAUUACUUGUCUGAAAACUGCAUUCCAAAUCCUGACAUGAAUAUUGUUCAAUAAAAAGGGAAGGGUUUUACAAACUUCGUCACAGGUCCACAUAUCACAAUUUUUAACUAUGCAACUAGUAACAAAUGCUUUAUCGAAAUUGCAAGCGAGAAAUGUAGCGUUUUUCCUGGCAAAGUUUUUAGGGCAGUUAGUUUUGCAUGUAUUAAAUUAUGUUGUAAAGUGGUAUACAAUGUAGAAAAAUCGUAUGUACUGAAUAAAGACACCUUGUAAUUAUUAAUUCCAAACUUA